AGCUAUUCGCUUUCGAUGAGCCACAUGAACAUGUCAGAAAUAGAAUCAAUUUCGAUGACAAAAAAAUCAGCCUAAACAAUUUUCAGUGGAGAUACAACUAUAUGACAACAAACUCGCAAGAGAAAAAUAUCAACAAAUGUCAAAUUUCCGGGCUCAUUUUGACUUCAGACUGCAUCCUCUCUCCAUCUAAUUAAAAUAAAAAUAUAAGUCCUGAAUCAACAUUUUCAGCUUUUCCAGAUUGUAUAAUUAAUAAUCAGGGGAGAAAAAAGAACUAUGAUGUCAUCGAUUAUUUGCAUAAAUUCUGUUUUUGACAGUUCCUAGUGGCAUUCUGGGAUUGAAGUUGUGCUUUUGAGCGAAGUCCUCUGGGCUCACUCACAAAGGCAAUGCUUUCGUUUCAUAAAGGCUUGGCUCUUAGUAGACCGCACUACUGCCAAGAGAUAAGACUGAGCGAUCCCCACGACGUAUCAGACACACGAGCAAUUUGCAAAACAAAGAUUAAACGAACGGCUCGGAGUUCACUCUGCUGAUUGAUUUUGUCAUUCAAGAACCAUUUUUGUUCACCUCUCUUCAGAAAACUUGAAUUAAACAAAAGGUACUGUUUUGAACAAGAAAAGAAAGCAAAGAAAGGCGACAAGCUCUGGCUAAUUUGGUAAAAUAUUAAGUUCGCCAAGCUACUUUGGAUCCAUUCAAAGAACAAAAGAUUGUAAGGUUGUGAAAUGGCUUUUAACAAUUCAUCUACCACGCGAUGCAAUGAUGGUGAAUGCCACACCGUUAACCUCAUGGAAUAUUCUAUGACAGAAAGAACAGCCAUAGUGGCCGCGAACAUGCUGAUAUUUUUACUCGCCAUUCCAGCCAAUGGGAUCGUUAUAACUGUCAUAUCACGUGUGCAGAAUGUGCAAACGCCUACGAGUACAUUUCUCAUGAACUUGUGCAUCGCGGAUAUUUUGAUAGCUUCUUUGUAUAUUCCGUUUGUGACAGUCGAUUUGUACGUGGCAGGAAGCUGGAUAUUUGGAGACACAAUGUGUAAAUUGGUCUCCUUCUUAUAUUACCUCGCAACGAAUCUCUCCAUUCUGAUUUUAACAGCCAUCUCCGUUGAGCGAUAUGUCUCCGUCUGUCGGCCAAGACAGAUUCGUUUGACGGCAAAGAAAGCAUUUGUAAUUACAGUUCUUUUGUGGUUUGUCGCAGGGUUUACUGCUCUGCCGCUGUUGAUUGUUAGAAAGUCUAUAUUCAAUCCGAUAGUCAAUGUUUACUUUUGCGUGGAGACAUGGUCUUUCAAAUACUCCAAAGCUUACAAAACUGUCACGCUGGCUAUGCUCUAUGUGACGCCUCUUGUGUUCAUGGCCGUAGUUUAUUACAAAAUCGGUAGAAAAGUUUGGACAAGUGCUGAUAAAACAAGAACCAUGAAACUCUCAACCAAGCAUGCUUCAAACUCCAAGCUACGCCUGACGAAAAUUGCAUUAGCAAUUAUUUUAAGCUUCGCAGUGUCUUGGACUCCAUUCAACACAACGACGUUACUCUUCUUCUAUGACCGGAAAAAUUUUCCAUAUUCAAAAGAGGCAAUGCAUGUAGCAGAUCCAAUAAUAUUCUUUGUCGCUUUCUCCAAUUGUUCGUUGAACCCACUGCUUUAUUGCUACAUGAGUCAAAACUUUAGAAAAGCUUUUCAAAUAUUUUGGAAGAGAAGAUCACGCCGUGACCUUGGAGACUCCUUUUCUGUCUUCUCGAGGACAAGCACGAAACGAUUUAGCAGAAAGAGUAAAAGAAGGGCGGAGGAGGCCGUGAAAGAGCCGAACGGUGUACCAUUCGCACAUGAAACUCUCCGAACAAAAUCGGACAAUCCCGACUACUCCCCGACAAGUCAGCAGCCGGAAAUGCAUAACACAGUGGAAAGCAUUUUAAUAACAUCGGCAGUGUAAUCGUCACAUAACAUGACUGCUAAUACUGCAGUCCGAAAGCACGAAUGGAAUUGUCAUUUCAAUCAAAUGUAAACAACUCAGCAAAACUCUGAUUUUGCGAUGUUUUCCUUUUUUCUGUUUUGGAUCGGUUUUGUCU